UCGUCGUGCAGAGCCCCUCGCCCAGCCAACACCGAACUCUCAGUCUCAGGACAUCGCCAAACGAACCUCGAAGAAUUUGUUUCUGAGCCUCCGUGAUCAGCUUUCUACCCCCGCGACGCACACCUGGAAGUCACCAUCGGAGGCCCGAGGUCGCGACGCAGCUAUUGAAUGUUUUCGUGUCGAAUUUGGUGUCGUGUCGAAGCUGCAACUUCAGGACCAGGGUUUGCUUUCACUGUUUCGGUGCUUUAGGAGCUCUUUGCGAUUCUGGAAGAGGUUAUGGCGUCCCCUCUGACAUUUCCAGUAAAAUCCAAGCAGUUCGUCACCUCUAUUCAGGGACAUGUUUUGAAGCUCAAAUCAUGCUGUGUUAUGGUGUUGACGGAACGGUGCAGGGCCUGAAGACAGAAGUCGUGCAGUUUAGUUAUGACGAUCAUAUUAUGAUUGCAGUAACACAAAUCGGGAAAAUGGGCACUCUCCUGCAUGCAAGGAAAGAGGAGGGAUAUGGCACUGGUCCCACUUUUAAUAUCAGUAUCCUUAUGGGCAAGCGUGAUGAGCCUUUGAUGAUGGCUUGUGCUCGUCAACUUAUUGAGAAGAUGAGUAAAACUGGUUGUUCCAGGCCCUUGAUACUCUCGUUGGGACUCGCUGAUCAUUCCGCAGAAACUCUUAAGGACAUCAUUGAAGUGGUGGUUGAAAACAAGAUCUGGUAGAUUAAACACACAUUUGUAGAACAUUUUGUAGUGUGCUUACAGGUUGGCGAUGAGAAACUUUACUUAAUGCGGUAAUGGUCAUUUUCCUAUUGUGAGUUUAUUUGUGUUCAUUAGUUCGCUUUUAGAACUUGCAAACUGGUUCUAAACUGCAGAUUGUGAAAGAAGAGUCAAUUCCUGGUGAAAUCAAAGGUUUCUUCUGGUUGGGUUUCUAGAAUCCAAAUCAGUCUUUCACUUGUAUUGUCAAAUGUAAAGAGUGCAUCAAAUUCUGAGAUAAUUCCUUGCUAGUAAAACGACGACAGCAUGUUAAGUCUGCUUUUGUCAUUCUCCA